CCGCAAACAUGGCAGCUGUCGUGCCAGCAAGAAGCGGCACAUUCCUGACAGCUGUGCGUGAUGCCGCCGGUGCCCUCUGGUCAUGCGCUCGCCAGGAGAAAUGCGUUGCAAGCAAGCAGUGGAUGGUCGUGGUGAUUGUCUGCGCAGACAAGGACAUCCCAAGAACAGUCGCAGAUGGUGAGCUGAUUGCCAGUGUUGUAACGCAUGUAGGCCUGUGUUCGGACGUUGUCACGAUCACCUUGAACCUUGACUCGACACUCAGUUCUUUGCAGCAACUCAGACCCAGUGACCAGAUCUUGGAGGGUCUGGCAGGCGCCGUGGAGAAGAUGGCAGAAAGGAACCUCUCUCAUCUCAUGAUUUACUACGCUGGUCAUGCCUUCGUUCGACGCCUAAAGUGGUCUACUAGAUUGGUAACGGGAGAAAACCAAAGUUUCCAUCUGGAGAGUUCUGUCCAACAGGCUAUUCAAGACGCAAGGAACAGGGGCCGACUUGGCUCUUGCAAAGUUGUUCACUUUGUUGAUGCAUGCAUGGAAAUCGCAGACGAUGAGGCUUCAAAUGUUUCUGGAAGUGAGAUGUCAAAUCAGGAGGAUGAACCCAUGCAAUAUUUUGCAUACAGUGUCAGCAGAGGCCACCCACAAGCAGACAAUGGGCUGUUUGCAACAGUGCUGGCAUAUUGUUUGACAUGCAGAGUUCCGACCCUGUCCAUGCUUUUCCGGAACCUGAAAGCCCUGGUAUCGCAGCUGUCCUGCUGGAGGCAGACUCCGCAUACUUCAGAGGUUGGGAAUGACAUCGAGAUUUUUCCUCGUGCAAGACUCCCUGACAUACAGUGGCCGAUGACAGAGAUGCAACGGGACCGGGAACUCUUCAAAGAAACAAAUUUCUUGAGCAAAUAUUUGUCUGAACUCGCCAUAGACAAGCUUUGGCAGAUACGGGGUGACUUUGGGCAGCAUCAUCGUGUUUGGCAGCCUUUUCGCAAAGUCGUUCUGGACUUGUGGUUCCACAAGCACCAGGAAAAAAUGGUAGAUACAUUGAGGAUGCUCCUCGCUAUAGCCAGUGUGUUUGAGGAGAAAAUGCAACUGAUCAAGGGCUGGGCCGAAUUGGAACUGAUUGUAGAAUGCCCAGAUGAUUUGGAGUGCUUUCUUGAGAAACUGAGAAAAUUUGAGCAGCCUGCAACCCCAGGUCCAGAAGAGCCAAACAUUCUGCCGCAGGACAUCCGAGGCUGUUUAGUGGAUGCUUUGAAGGCAACAGUAAAGGAUGAUUAUGACCACUCUCCAACAGAGGGAACCUAUAUCACUGAUGCGAUACGCUUGGUUCGUGAGUUGCAGACGUGGUUUGCGGAGUGUGAGGGAAUGACUCAGCAAACAGAGGAGGGCCCAAAACAGUGGAAGUACUGGUAUCCUAUUGUGGGGGAGGACGAGGAAGUUGCAACUCUUCCCGAGUCCCGCCUGAAGAAAAUGGCUGAGCAGAUCAACGAUCCAAGUAGUGUCCUUGGUGUUCCAUGUCGAGCCUUUUUAGCACCCGGCAGUCUGUGGAUCAUCAUCAGGUCUCAAGGGCCCUUGCAGGUGUCAGAAUUCUUGAAGAGUCUUCAACAGAAGGUUGGAUCAGCCAUUUGCAAAGCAAUUCCAAAGCUGAUGUGUGUUCCAAUUCAUACUGCCCCUCGAAGAUUACUCCACCUUGUUCGCCAAGUGGAGAAUCUUUUGGAACCUUCAAGGUGCUUGUGGCUACGAACAUUCAAAGUGCAAGAGCUUGCCAGGGCACAUCUCAACCAAGGAAGAAGCAAGGAUGCGCAGCUGCAUCCAUCCCAAUUGAUUCUGUUUGAGGAUAGCAUUGAAGCCAAAAGGCUCUCAUGGCUUAAGGGAAAUGGAAAGCUUCGCUUUGUGAUUCAAAAAAACUGGCGCGAUCUCAUGUUUCCAGACUGGUUGCUGGAGCGGCUGAAUGAUUGGGCAGCCCGAAGCAUGGGAAUGAUUUCGACAUCGGGUGCAAGCGACACGUGGGGAGACGAGUCCUCAUUUGCUGCUGCUGUCUUUGUACUUUGCAGACGGGUGGUGCAGUGGAAAUUGACUGACCGCCAGGAAGGGACAAAGGUUCUUGCUGAUCUCGGAGCUGAGAAUUGCGCCCAUCCUACGGAACUCCUGCAGCUUGUGCUGCGGAAGGUGCUGCAAGAAAAAACUGACCUGGCGGAGAUUCUCUACCGGCAGGCGAAAGAAGGCCUAAUGGCAUUUUUCACCGAACCCAUUGCAACCUUCACCCAGGCCGUUGAUAUCCUGAAAGACCCACGAACCCACCUGCGUUGGAUUUUUCGUGAAGUUUGUUCCCGUGAUACUCGUGGGCUGGACCCGGGGCUAAAAGGUUCUACGUCACUACUGCGAAAAAGCGAAACUUUGACAGAUGCACCAGGCUCUUCUGGCAAGGUCAGUGAGAGACGAAGCGAAACUUCGACAGCCGUGCCCUCUUCAAGGAAUGUCCUCGAGGAAGUGUCUGAGCUUGCGCUUGAGGAAAGCCACACUGAAGAGGCGGCAAAUGUAUGCGUCGAAAUUUGUGGGAAGGACUUGCAUUCAAAUGUCAGGGCUAAAAAGUUUCAGUGUCCUGGCCCGAAGUGUGGCGCUGCAGAGUUGAUAUGUGAGCCACGCGAUUCUUUUGCCUGCGAUGUGUGCGGAAACCGAAUCCCCAGCGAAGUAUCUUUCUGGCACUGUCGUCAGUGUGAUCGAGGCAUUUGCCCCGAUUGCGUUUCCAAAAGUGAGGUCACAGUGAGCCAAAAAGUUAAAGACAUACGGUUUGCCAUGGAGUGCCAAAGCCGCGGUGAUCUGCCAAACGCAGAACUUGCUUUCCAUAGGUUGCUUGAUAGCACUUCAGACCCUGUGGAAAAAAUCGCGCGCAAGUUUGACCUUGGCUGCGUCAAGCAGAAGAUGAAUAAAUUGCAAGAAGCUGAGACCAUCUUUCAGGAGGCCCUUGUGACAGCAGAAGCUCUGAAAGGCCGCGAAAAGGAAUGCGCAGCAAUCCUCCACCAACUUGGCGUGGUGCAACGCGAAAGAAAGGAGUGGUCUGAGGCUGAGAAGUAUCUUCGGAAGUCCCUCGAGAUGAGGAUGGUGGCCAAUGCUGAGACACAUCAAAUUGUAAAGACUGUUGUUGAGUUGGGAAGGGUGCUUUAUGAGACCCAUGGUGGGGAUGCGGCCCUACACUUUGUCCAAGACGUCUUGGGAAAUCGUCGCAUGAAAGUUCUGCCGGCGCGCCUGCUCUCAUGGACCCACUAUGAAAUAGGCAGAUGGUGCUACUCCCAAGAUUAUAUCAAUUCUGCACAGAGCCAUUUCGUUGAAGCUCUGUCACACGACUACUCAGUUUGUGACGGCACCUUUUCUGACAGUGACAGGGACUUAAGCUUUGCUUACACGCUUCACGAGAUGGGAUUGGUCGCAAAGAGUUCAAGAAAAGUGGCAGCAGCAAUGGUGUGUUUCACGGAGGCUUUGCACCGAAAGAUUAGGGCAAAGCGCCCAGACGAACAGGUCAAGCUCACAGAAGAGGAGCUAGGCACACUAUGCAUGUCGGAACCCUCACAGCCAGUGGAUAGCUUUACACCUGACAACACGUGAGGACGCGGUCCAAAAUAGCCCGCCCCGGCAAAGUCUAAUCAAGCCAAAGAUUUUAUAUAAUGUGAGGCCGUCAUGACAUGCGAGGUGGGUGUAUUACAGGAGCAAUUCCAAAAGAGAUGGUAUUGAGCGACAGGCUUGAGACUUGCUCACUUUUAAUGCCCCUGCCGGCCAAAAAAA